CUGUAUAUGGUGGGGUAUUAUUAGGGGACGGGGCAGUACCAGGCUGUAUAUGUUGGGGCAUUUCUAGGGGAAAAAACAGUGCCAGGCUGUAUAUAGUGGGGCAUUAGCCAGGGCAAAGGGCAUUGCCAGAAUUAAUAUAGGCUGCACUGCUGGGGUAAAGGUUAUAUAUAUAUUAUAUAUAUUAUAUAUGUGUAUGGGCGUGGCUAGGAUCUGGACAAUGGUAUCAGCAGGUUUUAUAUAACACCCCACCAAGUUGCACGGGAUGCAGUUCUGGGUCUAGUACGGAGAGCGUACUUCAGCUUGUGCGCCGGACAGGGUGCGAAGGUCCGUGCCAGGCCACAAGAUGGCUCCCUUGUACCAUAGGAUGUUCGGCAUGGUCCGGAGGAGCUACUCAACCUGGGAACGAAGCCUUUCUCUGGGAACGCUGCCCCCUCUGGGGCACAGAGGCUUGGCAGUAUCUGCCCGUCAGCCUCCGCCGAGGUUUGGUCUGCUGUUCGACAUCGACGGAGUCCUAGUAAGGGGCAGAAAUCCCAUUCCGGGGGCAGCGGACGCGUUCAGCAGACUGCUGGGCCGAGAUGGGAAGCUGGCGGUGCCCGUGGUGUUCGUGACCAACGCCGGAAAUUGUAUUCGUCAGGCUCGGGCAACAGAGCUGAGUUCAGUGCUGGGUGUAGAGAUUUGCGCUGAUCAGAUUAUCCUGUCUCACAGUCCGCUGCGGAUGUUCCAUCAGUUCCAUAACAAGUGUGUCCUCUUUUCCGGUCAAGGGCCAGUGGAAGAGAUAGCCAAAGAUCUGGGUUUCAAUAACAUAGUCACCAUCGAUGAUCUGAGAACAGCGUUUCCGUUGCUAGACAUGGUGGAUCAUAGCCGCAGGCCUAAGAAUCCGCCCCCGAUUUGCUCCGACUUUCCUACCAUUGAAGCGGUGGUCCUGGUUGGCGAGCCGGUGCGGUGGGAGACCAGCCUGCAGCUGAUCCUGGAUGUUUUGCUGAGCUCAGGAAGGCCCUCGGAGUGGCUCUCGCAGGUUCCUCAUCCACACAUCCCCAUCUUGGCUUGCAAUAUGGAUCUUGUCUGGAUGGCUGAAGCCAAGGCUCCAAGGUUCGGUCACGGCACGUUUCUAGUCUGCUUGGAGACUUUGUAUCACAAACUGACUGGCCAAGAGCUCCGGUAUGAAGCCCUGAUCGGUAAACCCAGUACAGUGACGUAUAGCUUUGCCGAGCGCCUAAUUCUGAGUCAGGCUAAAGAACGCGGCUGGGAUACCCCCAUCCAGACAAUCUACGCCAUAGGGGAUAAUCCAAUGGCUGAUAUCUAUGGAGCCAAUCUCUAUAAUCGCUACCUACAAAGCCAACAAGGGAAUUCGAGGGACAGUCAGCCAGAGAGCUGUCAGUCAGUCCUGGUGUGCACAGGGGUAUACAACGGGCAGGGAGAUGUGUCACCAGACACCCAAGAGAGUGUGACGCAGACUGUUUUCCACGGACACCGAGACUUCCGUCUGGACCCCAGCUUGGUGGAGGCGACACACGUGGUGCACGACGUGGGGCAAGCUGUGGACUUGGUCCUCAUGAAAGAGGGUUGGGUGUCCGAGGACGAAAGAGUGGGGUCUUCGACUCCCAAGACUUAGGGAGUAACUGCGAGUCCCGAAGCGCAGGAGAAUCCUUCAGAAUCCUUUAAGUUAAUGGCGAAUCAAAGCAAGAUGAUUGCGUUUUGAGUUCAAAACUCAAGGAAGUAGUAGAGUGAAUGUUUUUAAAUAAAAAAAAUGUUAGUUUUAAGUUUUAUCUAUUUUUUAGGUCCGCAGGGGAUGAAUAUCUCACAGCCAUGUGCCAGCGUACGCAUAUCUCCCCGCUUUACGUCUGAUUUCAGGGAUUGAACCAGAAUGCUACUUUAUGAAAGAAUGAGAUUAAAGUCGUUUAUAGUGAUUGCUGCAAAAAAAAAUAACAAAUAGAACGUUGGUAUUAAUAAAAACAAAUAAGGAAGCCAAUACUUCCUAUUUACGUAAACACGAGAUUUUGGUGCUGUAGGUACUAGUCAAACCGUAAUUCGUAGUUUAUAUAGAAUCCCAAAAGAAAACCAGCUUGGGGAGAAAAAGAUCGAAAUCCGUGCCUUAAAGGGAGAGCUUGAUGUCGAAAACAGGUGAUUAACGCAACAUCGUCUCAGGUGUUCUACAACCGUACAGGAGGCUUCUAAUCAGGACUUUACUGGGACUCUUGUCUGUAUUCUAUACAUCUUUUUGGAACGUGCUUCGAAGCAAACGCUCACAUAUGCAUCUAUAUAAAACAAAUUGUAAAGAAAAUGUAUCAACAAAAGAAGUUUACU